AUUCCAGUGGCCCCGCUCCAUGUGUCUGUUACGGGACGAGCCGCUAACCACGCCGCCUGUGCGCAAUGUCCUUCAAUAACUCUUUGUACGUAGCAUUAAGUCAGAAUCGACGUACGUCAGAUAUUUUGCGUAAACAUCCACAACAAACAUGGCGGACGAUCACACAGAUGCGGAUCAGUCCAUGGAGGGACACACACCUGUGUCUGAAAACCCUCACGCAGAGUACGGCCUGACGGACAACAUCCAGAGGACGGUGGAAAACGAGAAGGCGAGCGCAGAGAAGAUCUCAAAGCAGAAAGUGGAUCUGCAGGCACUGCCGACCAGAGCGUACCUGGACCAGACGGUGGUCCCAAUCCUGCUGCAGGGCCUGUCGGUGCUCGCCAAAGAGAGACCUCCAAACCCC